AUGCUGGGAAGAACAAGCUGGUUGCUCGCCCUCGUGGGUGCAGCUGCAGUGCACUCGGUCGAGAUCAGCAACGAUGCAUGGGGUCUCUUAAACGAGUCCAUGACUAUACAAGACGCCAUCUACGAUCCAGCAGCCUCGUACCUCCGCUACUUCUACUUCCCACUGGCUGCCGGCCCUCACGAAACCCGAUCGUCGGUCUGGUACUCGGUCGGACUGCUGCAGCGGAACCAGGGCAACGACGCCGACGAAGCCAUCAACAUCCUCAAGAAUGUCAUUCGCGACCAGGAGAAGAACACCACCGUGCAAUGGUAUGGCGACUACACCAAGUACCCGGAGCAGCCGACCGUGGGGACACAGGCAUAUCCGCCGGUGAUCUACAACUCGUGGGAUCCCAACUGGCGAGGCUUCAUUGGCACCGCAUUGAUCCUCAUCUACGAGGAAUUUCACGCUCUCCUGCCAACCGACAUCCAAGACCUGAUCCUCGAGAGUGUCUACAACAGCACAGUCGGCGACAGCUACCGCGUCGGCGGAGUGGACGGCGACAACCUAUACCCAGCCUACUCAAACGCCUGGCUGAUGCGCACCGUAGCCAGCUCAUGGGCUGGACUCAAGCUCGCCGACACCAACAUGACCGAAGCAGGAGACAGCGACGCCGCCUCCUUCCUCUCGCUGUUCGACCGCGACCACACGCUGUCCGAAUACAACGGUCCAACCUACGCCGGCGUCUCUCUCUACGCCCUCACCAUAGCAGCGAAGUACCUGGGCUCAACGAACUCAACAAUCGGCCGCAACGCAGAGCGCAUCAUCCAGCAGAUCUGGGCCUACGAGUCCCAACUCUGGAAUCCACUCAUGCGGAACCUCGCCGGCCCCUGGGACCGCUCGUACGGGUACGACAUGAACAACUACGUGGGCAUCAUGUCGCUGUGGAUCUGGGCGUUGAGCAGCAAGGAGACAGCGUGGAACCACACCUCGCCCAUCUGGACCAUGGCGCACGCCGACGACUUCGAGAUCGCGCCGGUGAUCGCCGUCUUGUCUGCAUUCCACAAGACGCUUGUUUCAGGAGAGGUACUGUCCAGACUCACCUCGUUCUCUGGCGAGCAUACCUACAGUGGUCACGCCUACGCCCCUCCAGCGGACUACGAGCCGCGCAAUAUCACGACCUGGGUUUCGGCAAAUCUCACCAUCGGCACGCAGUCGUUCAACCAGAGCGUUGUGGGUGGCUUCUCCGAGGACUCGAGUUCGUUCAGUCCGGCUGUUGUGCAGUGGCUUCGAUCUGACGAGUCCAUUGGGUACUUGAAUCUGUAUCCGGUUGAGACGGCGCUGAAGGCUGAGGUUGCGCCGUAUGGGCUGAAUCUCACGUACCCGCUUGGUGAUGCGUCGAGUACAUUCACUUUUGUUCUCGCGGCAAAUCCUCUGGGUAGGAAGCGGGAUAUUGGCACUCUGGAUGAUGUCGAUGGUCUGGAUAUCAAGGUUGGGGGUACGGUCGAUCCGGUUCCUGAGAUCUCGUUCUGCGGGUUGCUUGGGGGGGCUUGCGAUGUGAUCCAUGGCUUUGAAUUCUGGAAUGUCACCUUCUCGAUGCCUGAGAACAGCUCCGAUGUUCCUCGGAUCGAGUUCGAGUUCGAGUUUACACAACCAUGA